GAUGAUAGCGGAAUCUCGAUUGGUAAAUUCCGCAGUGCCACCUAUCAGGAGAGCGGGAUGUUCAGCUUCUUCCAAGUGUAUCGAGCUGGUCAUUUUGUGCCCACCGACCAACCCGAGGCUGCCCUGCUCAUGAUCAACGAUUUCAUCCACGGUAUUUUCGGACCAGAUUCUCCAAGAGCCACACCAGUCGGAGCUCUAGGCGGUUCGUGA